AAAAAGCGCUGUGAGCUGUUUCAUUAGAGAGGGAAACGUACUCUGGAAGACCUUGACCACGUUAAAUCCGUUUCUGUUCCUGCGUGCCCUUAUGUGUAACAUCUUCGUGUGAUUGUCUGUCUACGAAAGUACGUUUUCAUAGACGGUGUUUGUAAAAACGUAACAGAAAAAAGCAAAAUCACUGCCGUUGGGGUACCAUACCGAUGUUUUUGGGGACUGCCGGCCUUGCACUGUUCUCUGCAGGACUCGUUGGCUGUUUUCAGAAGAGCGUUAGCUCUGUUUUGCGAACCUCCACGAUGACUGCUAAGUCUAAUGAAAGGCCCAAACUUGUAGUAUUCGAUCUCGAUUAUACUCUUUGGCCGCAGCACGUUGACACCACAGUACAUCCACCGCUCCGGAAAGACAAACUUGGGAACGUGUUCGACUCGUACGGUCAGGCUGUCAAACCUUUUCCAGAAGUUCCGACACUGUUGGAAUACUUGCGUUCCGAAGGGUACCAGAUAGCUGCAGCCUCUCGGACAGAUGCACCGCCCGUUGCCAAUGAGUUAAUUAAGCUCCUUGAUUGGGAUCAUUACUUUGAUUAUCGCGAGAUUUAUCCCGGAUGCAAGAAAACACAUUUCAUGCGAUUUCAGAAAUCAUCCGGAAUUACAUUCACGGAUAUGAUUUUUUUCGACGACGAGAUGAGGAACAUCCGGGACGUAUCACAGCUCGGCGUAACAGCGAUCUAUGUCCGCUCAGAAGGAAUGACAAGGCGUCUGUUCGACCAGGGACUAGCGCAGUGGCGGAAGGAGAACGUCAAGAGUUAAGCGUUUUCUCGUGAACAAGUUCUAUGUCUUGUCAAGUUAAGUUUGCAUAAUACAGGAACAGAAAUAAUCCGCGAUUAUGAUUUCCGAUAGUUCUAGAUAUUUUAGUAAGGAUCCUUGCAUCCGCCAUUCACCUGGUGCAAUCUAAGACCUAAGCAUAAUACGUUAUUGAUGAAUAUAUAACAGAAAACUACGUGCUGUGCGUAAAUGUGCUAAAUUAUGGAAAUUGCUUCGUUUUUUUUUUGAGAUUAGGUCCAUAUGAUUAUUUAUGUAUAUUACGGUUUUGCGAUAGAUUGUUUUGACUUAAUAGAAUAUCAGAAAACUUAGUACUCGUAGAUUUUUAUAAAAUGUUCAUGGGAUAUGUGUCAAUGAAAAUUAGAUUAAAUAAUUGAGGAAAGUAGCAUUACGCAGCACGAAGAACUGCGAACGCUCCAAGCGGCCGAGAAUCAAUAAACUUUUUUGUGAGUUUUGCGAAACGGCUCGCAAAUGAACUGGAAGGCUCAAUGUUAAUUAUGACUCGCUUUGCUUGAAUGUUCAAGGGCAUGUUAUUGAUCUACAGCCAGAGAGGUAUUAGCUCGGACCUCCUUUAUGACCACAUGAACUAACUGUUUUAUAUACGGCACCGUGGCUGUUUUACGUGGAUACCGCGUGCCCUUUACAGCCAAACACGUUGGUUACCACCCUGUCACGGGGACACGCGCACAUGAGCUGACGAAGCUUAAGUUCUGUCAGUUAAGUGGGAUAAGAAGUCGACUUUUUUUAUCAUUACAAAUGCUAAAAAAAAUCCCACUUAGCACGAUAGCGGUAGCGACCAUAUCGUAACCAUGUGCAAAGCGUAGGGCAUCAAAUGCCACGCACGAAACUACACCUGGCGGCGGCCGUAACCACUGCCAUAAACGACAUAUCUUGCACUCUCCAUUCAUAAAUGAUACAUAACAGGUAUUGCAAGUCCACUAGUUACUGAUGCAAUAGGCUGACAGCCAGAAUAUUGGCAGAUUGUGAUUCGCAUCGGGGCGUGCACUCCGCAACGUAAACCUGCUCGUCGUGAAUGUUGGUGGGAAACUGAAGUAAUACUUCACGGACGAGAUCUGGGGUGAUUAUGUAUGAAGGGCGUACUCUCGAAUUAAAAACUUUAUUAAUAGAGUACAAAUUCUAAACAUAAAAGAUAAGAACAAGUUAUCGAGGAAUGCAGCUGUUGUAAAUUAAUCUAGUUCAACUGAUAAAACAUUUGAUACAAGAGUAGCUGCGAAUAGCAGUAUGCACUAGGAUGUAGCUGAAUACACAAGAUUAUUGGAAUUGUCUUACAGAUCAACUAAGACCGCUCGGAAAUGUGUACUCUCCUGAAAUUAACAUUAAAAUAAAAUGAAUUUGAAAAUCUUGA